UUUUUAUUUUUAUUAUACAUACUUUAAUUAUUUUUAAAUACGAAAGGUUGAGGGUUAGUAGUUGGUAGUGGUGUGUACCUAUUGUGAGCUUUGCAAAGGGUAUUGUCUUUAUUACAUCACAACACUCUAGUCUUUAGCAACAAUGGCGUCCGAAGAGGAGCAAAUUGCAAAUCUGCGCGCACAAGCCAACGAGACUACCAAUGAGUCCCUUGAAGCUACUCGGCGAAUGCGCCAGAUGGCGGAGGAGUCGCGUCAAGUCGGAGCGUCAACGUUAGAAAAAUUGGAUGAUCAAGGAAGGCAAUUGGACAAUGUUGAGAAGGAUCUCGAUAAAAUCAAUGCCGAUAUGAGGCAGGGAGAACAGCACAUAGCUGAGAUGGAGAAGUUUUGCGGGCUUUGUGUCUGUCCGUGGAAUAAAGCGCAGAAUUUCGAGGGAUCAAAAGACUACUCAAAGGCUUUUGGCGCUAAAAGCGCCACCGUCACAAACUCACAGCCCACUGGUAACAAGAUGGCUACGACUAGCGCGGGCGAGGGCUCGUCUGCUGUAGAAGGAGCACGAAUGAAGCGUAUCACGAAUGAUGCACGCGAGGAUGAAAUGGAAGAGAAUCUAGACAUGGUCGGCGGUAUCCUUGGCGACCUGAAGGCGCAGGCCAAGGAUAUGAACGUGGAACUUUCAAAGCAAAACCAACAGUUAGAUCGCAUCGGUGGGAAGACGGAGUCGAACAUAGGCCGUGUGAACGACGCGAAUGUGCGUGCGACCGAGCUGUUGCGCAAUGGAUAAAUGUUACAAAUCCAGUUCAUAGUCAUAUCAUAAGCCGGUUGAUAGUUAACAAUAAAAUUAGGUAUUCGAUUGCUUCCUCCA